AUGUACCGUCAAAUGUCGUUGUCGGAAUGCGAGAAAAUGACAUCUUCGCGUCAGUCGUAUGGUGAUGACGCUAUAGGGUAUGUGCAGCUAAAAAGAGAGGCAAGUUUAUGUGUGAUUAGAUGCAAAAUUUGUCCCGAACACAAGGUUCGUCAACAGCCAUACUCAGUGUCCAUGGUCAUCAAUGAACAUGAAGGAUUAGUACAAAGUGUCCAGUGUGAUGAUUGCCCUGCCUCCCAAGGAUGCUGUAAACAUGCAGUGGCUUUUUUAAUGUGGACUCAUAGGAGAAGUGAGGAGCCAUCUUGCACUGCCACUGAAUGUUAUUUGAAGAAAUCUAAACUUUCUAAAGUCGGCAGCACUUUGAAGUAUAUGAAAAUUAAAGAUAUUGGAAGUGGUAAUAGUUCCUUAUCUACCCAAGAAGAUAAAAGUGUACUAUGUGAAUUUUUGGAGGAGAGUAAGAAAAGGAAAUUGCAAAAUUGCCAAAUUUUAAAACAUCAACCUGAUCAUGAAUUUAACAUAAUUCAGUUGCUCUCAUUGCACUACUUAAGUUACAGAUUUAAUUUAGAAAAUGACUGUAAUAAAUUUAUGCACAAAUUAUAUUCAGUUUUUACAGAACAGAAUAUUAGGGAUGUAGAAAAGCUAACACGUGAGCAGCAUAAAAGUUCAGCAUGGCACGAGCUUCGAUAUGCUAGAAUAACAGCAUCAAAAGCCUAUGAUGUGACUCGCUGUACAACAUCAGAUGGCUCCUUAAUCGCGACAUUGAUGGGUGCAAAAGUCCCUGACACUGUUGCCAUGAAACGAGGCAGAAAGUUAGAAGAUUUUGUAAAGACACAAUUAAAAAAACAAGUUGGUGAAAUAUUGCAGUGUGGCCUAUUUAUAUGUCAAGAGUAUCCUAUGAUAGCAGCAUCACCUGAUGGUAUUUUAAAUGGUGAUACUGUUAUAGAAAUAAAAUGUCCAAUGAGUGAAAAAUCUUGCAAAAAAAUAAGUUUUAAACGACCAAGUCACUGCCAAGUAUUAUGCACAAGUACAGCUGCAGAUGCAUUUAAC